AUGCCAAAGGUUCCUGGGCCGGAUGGUUUACUAGAUUGGAAUGAGCUCAUGGAACGAGCACAAAAGGACCCUGAACUUCAUCCAGCUGCUGCAGCUAUCAUACGCUUCAAGCGCAAGGAAAUUCCUCCAGCGUUCUUCAGAAUCUUUACGUUCCGACCGGUGAAUUUCAACAACUUUUUGUCCCCACCGAAACAGAGAAACAUGGAGCUAGAAAAGGACAGCUUCCGAUCGUAUGUAUGGAUCAGAGCUAAUGAGAACAUAGGCGACGAUCCACGACUUCAUGUUGCUGCUGCGGCCUAUAUAUCUGAUGCCACCAUGAUCGAAACGGCGCUAAGGCCACAUAGCAGGUGAUC